GAGAUAUAUAAUCCAACACAUUCACAUCAACAAAUUAGGGUUAGGUUUUCUCUUUCACACUUUGGUCGGGACCAAUUACAGCAGCUCGCGAUGGGGAGAAGACCUGCAAGGUGUUACCGUCAGAUCAAGAACAAACCCUACCCGAAGUCCCGCUACUGCCGUGGUGUGCCGGACCCAAAAAUCCGUAUCUACGAUGUCGGGAUGAAGAAGAAGGGAGUCGAUGAAUUCCCGUUCUGCGUCCACUUGGUCAGUUGGGAGAAGGAGAAUGUCUCCAGCGAGGCGCUCGAAGCUGCUCGUAUUGCGUGCAACAAGUACAUGACCAAGUUUGCUGGCAAAGAUGCUUUCCAUUUGAGGGUGAGGGUGCACCCUUUCCAUGUGCUGCGUAUCAACAAGAUGCUUUCGUGCGCUGGUGCUGAUAGGCUCCAGACCGGCAUGAGGGGCGCUUUCGGUAAACCACAGGGUGUGUGCGCCCGCGUGGCGAUUGGACAGGUGCUCUUGUCUGUGCGCUGCAAGGAUGGGAACAGUCAUCAUGCCCAGGAGGCUCUUCGCCGUGCUAAGUUCAAGUUCCCUGGUCGUCAAAAGAUCAUCGUCAGCAGGAAAUGGGGAUUCACCAAAUUCAGCCGCACUGACUAUGUGAGAUGGAAGUCUGAGAAUAGAAUUCUUAAUGACGGUGUGAAUGCCAAGCUUCUUGGAUGUCACGGACCUUUGGCUCGAAGACAACCUGGAAGAGCAUUCAUAGAUGCCGCUACUUGAGGAGAGAUAAUAGGAUGAAUUUAAUGCUAUGGGAUCAAAUUUUGCUAUGUUUUGAAAUUUUGUUUUGUUGCUUAUGUGGACAAAUUUUUAUUUUUCAGACAUUUGAGUGAAAAUGGUAUUUUAUCAGUGAAAUUUUCCUGGAUACAGUUUGACAAAUGUUUAUUCAUUUUAUCUAAUUUCUCUUGGCCCC